CCUGCGGGCAUGUCACCGACCGCCUCUCUCGUGCGCUGCUUGCUGCAGGUUACCUUGGCAGCAGUGAGAAUGUACUCGGGGAUGAAGGGCUGACCUUGGGGAGAGUAACGGAGUGAAACCCUCGGUGGGUGCGUGAGUGAGGAGCCUGCACGCGUGCGGAACCUGUUGGGAACUUCUUGCACAGGUGCUGAGGUUUGAGGUUCAUGCAGUAAGGUGAGAUCUCCCUCACCCCUCCACAGAUACACACUGAAUUACGGUGCUGUCGGGUAGCUACGGACACUAGUGUAGCCUCAGGAUGUCACAAACACCGGUAACGCGACUAGUGCGCUUGAUUCCAGCUUCUCUUGCUCUCGUGCUCAGCCGCGACCCCGAGACCAUAACAGCGGCGGGUGCAAACCGGGGGGUUCGCGAGCGCAGUGGUGCUCAGCUGUUUGCAGAACUCCAGGCGGAGAAUAAGCGAUGCUACUGGAACGGAAGGCUGGCGAGGGCCGUGGCUGGGCUCACCUUCCAAGGAUGGCUAGAGGAAGGGGUACUGCUAGUACAGGGCGAUAGCAGUAGCCUCGAAGUGCUACGGGAUGCAUGGAUGAGAAGAGCCUUGCGGGCACCCCGGGGCUUCCAAAUUCGAGCACUAGGUGAUGCCUCCCCCAUGUUCAUGACCCCUGUUCACCAGUCACAGUUCAUUCCUCUGACGGAAGUUCUUUGCUCCGCUAUUGCUGAUAUGAAUGCAGCUCAUAAUAUUGUUACCCAGGAAACCCUGAUGAACCAUCUUGUGAAGUACUUUCCAGGAAUAGCAACCCCUUCAGCAGAUGUAAUUUAUAACAUACUGGGUACCUUAAUCAAAGAAAGAAAAAUCUACCAUACUGGGGAAGGGUAUUUUAUCGUAACGCCCCAGACUUAUUUUAUCACAAGCAAUGAAGACCACUGCAAGAGAGCUGUUUCUGAUGAGGAACAGCCUUUACCAGCCCGAGUUACUUACCUUGUAAGCAUGGAAAACAGCUUAGAACCAACAAAAGAGAAUGGAUCUGUUGUAUCACAUUGUAAAUCUUGUCACUGCUUUGUGGACCACGCCCCGCAAAAGACACAUUUUCAGCAUUCUGUCAGUGAGCAGAGUGCAAAAGGUCAAAAAUGCGCUAAGGAAUGUAAACCGUCCAUUCAGCACCAGGCUAUCUCUACCACAGCUGAGCACCCCGCUGUCUGUGAUGUGCCCAAAGUAAAUUCUCUGACAAAAGAGAAAAGCAACAGAAAGUUUGGGCUAAGUCUUUUCUGGCGCACCACAACUAAGAAGGAAAAGCCAAAGAAAGAGUACAGUACCUUUUCAGCCCAGUUUCCUCCUGAGGAGUGGCCUGUCCGAGAUGAAGAGAACUUGGAUAAUAUUCCUCGGAAUGUCGAACAUGAGAUAAUUAAAAGAAUCAAUCCUGAACUGACUGUAAACAACCUGAUGAAGCAUACACUGAUCAUGAGAAAACUAGAGGAACAUAAAAGUGUCAUUAGCAAAGGAACCUCCACAGAAAUGCUGGUCUUAAAACAAAGACUUUCAAAAGGAUGCACCAGAAAGCACCACAGUAAAGGUGCCAAGCAUCGGAAGAAAGGGCACGCUGAUAAAGAGAAAAUGGGAACUAAAAGUAAGAAGCCUGUGCAGCUGAAUGAACUUAAGCAAGUCAGUGAGAAAUCAACAAAACAUUCACAGCAUGUGCUGAGGAUGGAAAAGACGGAAAUAAAUAAUAAUUGUGGAACUGUAUGCCAAAAAGAAAAUGAUUUACAAAGUUUGAGAACAGAAUCCCAAAAUGUUCACAGAAGACAAAUUGACAAUCCCUUCCAGACAGUCAGAUCAGGAGCUUGUACAAAGGGUCACCGCAGUCUAAAACGUGGAGAACCAAAGAUCUCCAGAACGGUGGAGGAAAGAGGAAGCCUUCAAAGGUCAAGAUCUUUGGAUUCCUCAAGAAUUCAUACUUUUGACAGUGGCAGUAAGGUAAUGGCUGAUGAAAGGCAUUGUGGGAAAGUCAAGACAGACAACUGUCCCUGUCCUAACAGCAGCCUGCAAAUGAGGUUAGGUAAAGACAUCUCCAAAGAGUAUAAUAUAAAUUUUCCAGAAAGCAAUACUUUAGGUGUACAGAGUAAACACAAACGUCUGUGGAAAAAUAGUCUUCCAGGUACAGUAGGAUGUGAAAAUAAGCAGAUGACCAGCCUUACUGCUACAACAGACUUUUUAAGUCAGAGGGGUGUUUUCUUACAUAACGAGCAGAACAUUCUUGAUAAUGUGUCAGACCAGACAGUGCAGGCAGUAGUCCCACAGGGUACGUCUCAGAGCAAUGAAGACCAAGCGUCAAACCAGUGCAAGAACAUAGCUUCUUCUGUGCACACUAGUAAAAAUGACACUACAAAUCACUACAGAACAGAAGGACCAGUUAUCACACAGAACACCAGUUUGGAACAUGGUACAGAGAUGAAAACCGUUACCAAAUGGGCUGAAGGAAGUCAAGUAGACAGUGAAGGUUUUUCUGAUGACGAUGAUCAAACUUUGUAUCAGAAUGCAGCUGAUUUUGAUGAUGGCUGCAGUUCUUUGUAUCUUCAGGAUGAGUGUGAGGAUUUGGAGAAUGCAAAUUUGUGUCAUUCCCUUGAUAAUCAGUUUCACAGUCAUUUCAAAGGCAGCAGCGAAUGGAAUAACACUACUGCAGAAAGUGUUUCUGAAACUUCUCAGAAAAGUUGGACAGGCAGAAACGGUCAGACAGAAGAUGUCUCAUGCAGUUUGGACUCUUCCUGUGUUGCUAAAAGGAAUCUUACAUCUAAUAAUCAACAGUCGUCCUCCAGUGAAAACUGCGAGGAUAGGCUGGAAAGCAAGACAUCCAUCAGAUCGGGAUUCCGUUUUGUUUACGAACAGCGUGAGAGGGCAGCAGAGGCAUUCAGAAAUAUGGAUGUUUCAGAUGUCGUUGAUGGGAGUAUUUUUGAUUACUGCCAUAUGAGUGAAGCAGACUCUGAUGCUGAAACUUUGCAGAAGUCUGCUGAGGAAGGGGUUGAAAAAUCUGUGCACUGGAGUGACGAUCCUCAGGCAGAUGAGAUCAGGAAAACAUUAGAGCAAAAGUUUGAACUUCUAAGUGCUGCACAUAAUUCAAUUUUGAAUCAGAGUGUUCAGCUGGGAACAAUUCAUAUAGAAAUGACUGAAAACCAUAGCAUUACAGGAGACAGUGGGAUUGAUUCACCAAGAACACGAGUCAGUUUAGCAUCUAACAACUCUGUAAUUUUGGAUGGGCUGAAACGCAGGAGUUUUCUGCAGAACCUGGAAAAUCUGAAUUCCAAUGCUCGAAACAAUGUAAUAUUAUCUCAGAGUUCCUUACUGCAGAUGACGCCAGUGAUGAAUGUGUAGUCAGUUAUUUUGGUCUGCCAAUGUAAAUAUCACAUUAAAAACUGUUCCUUCAGUUGGAAAUGUAGAAAAAAUAUCUUGUAUAAUGUAUUUUUAUGUAAAUGCUUAUCACUUUGUAACUCUGUUAAAUAUUCCUGUUGACCAAAUAUUAACUAUGUACAGAAAUGAAACUUUGUUGUCUGAAAGUAAUUGUUUCUUUCACUUUUACCAAAUGUACCUUUUUAUACUAUGAAUUAAGGCAAUUCUUAGUAGAUGCCAGUAUUACUAAAAAGAAACACUUUCGCAAUUUUUAUAGCAGAAAGUUACCUGUAUAAAAGAUAAAUUAAUAAAAUACUUUUUUAUGUUUCA